UCUGUCGUUGAGCAUCUCCCGUCUUGUCUCUUGGUCUGGACGGUGUCAGAUGUGACGCUAAAGUAGAUGGAAGAAUAUUUUUGUAAUCUAAGUGUUUUUUCUGACGUCCAGACCACCUGUCACGUCCCUCCGCUCUGAGGACUAACAAGCAGGGCGAGGAGAAAACAAGCAAAGGAGACGCGCGUAAAUCUUCUGUGCGUCUUCGACGGACCAUGCAUCCCCUCACCUUCCUCCUCCUCCUCCUCUGACUGCCUCUCUGUUUCUUGGAUGAACUUUCUGGCCGUCUUUGGGGACGCAGUCGCUCGCUCCGAGAUCAUGAAAACAACACGGAAAUGUCGCGCGCUGCUGUCGGUGGCUCUGAACCUUUUGGCUCUGUUCUUCUCCACCACUGCCUUCAUCACGACGUACUGGUGCGAGGGCACCCAGCGCGUCCCCAAGCCUAACUGCAGCAAGCAGCGGCGCCACAACUGCAUCGACUACGGCGUCAACGAGACGGAUCAGAGUAAAGUGCACUACAGCUGGGAGACAGGGGACGACCGCUUCCUCUUUCGCCGGUUCCACACUGGCAUCUGGUACUCCUGCGAGGAGAACAUCCACGAAGCAGGUGAGAAGUGUCGGAGCUUCAUUGAUCUGGCCCCAGCGUCGGAGAGAGGAGUGCUGUGGUUGUCGGUGGUGUCAGAGGUCUUGUACAUCCUGCUGCUGGUGGUCGGAUUCAGCCUCAUGUGUCUGGAGCUUUUCCACUCCAGUAACGUCAUCGACGGGCUGAAACUCAACGCCUUCGCCGCCGUCUUCACCGUGCUGUCCGGUCUUUUAGGUAUGGUGGCCCACAUGAUGUACACUCAGGUGUUUCAGAUCACAGUCAGUCUGGGUCCUGAAGACUGGAGGCCUCACAGCUGGGACUACGGUUGGUCCUUCUGCAUGGCGUGGGGUUCCUUCACCUGCUGCAUGGCCGCUUCUGUUACCACCCUCAACUCCUACACCAAGACGGUGAUCGAGUUCAAACACAAACGGAAGCUGUUCGAGCAGGGCCUACGCGAGGAGCAGAGCUACCUGGACCAGGAAGCUUUCCACUACUUCCGGGACCAUUCCCUCCAGUCCAUCUCCAGCACCGUGGAGGUCUAUCCCGGCCACAGCGCUGCCAGACCAGGACUUGUGGUUGGAGGUCCUGGUCUGGGACCAGGUCCUGGUCCUGGUCUCGGACGUGGGAAGAUGAGAGCUACAUCAGCCUCCAUAGACCUGAGGGAAAACACAGACUCUCUGGGGGAAGAGCAGUGCUAAGUAGUGGAGGUGCCGUCACAUUAGGUGGACUGAACGUUCUGGAUGAAAUCUCCAACACUGAAAGCACAGAAGUCAUAUUUUCUAUUUAAAGAAAAUAAUUUACAGACUUCAUCAGAUGAGGAGGAGACAUAAAACCUGACAAACGCAGUCCUAUAUGUUCUCUAAAAUGUAAAAAACAGAUGAGGUGAUGGAGCUUGUGGGUGGAAAGUAGAAUUUCUCCAGCAUAUUUCAAGGUGAUUUUGUGUAGUAUGUUAAGAUUAAUAUAUUAUUGCUGCUUUGAAAUACAAAAGCAAAGUUUGUAUAACUCAUCGGUGUCCCGUGGACAGUUUUAUUAUUGGAUAUCAAUAACUGCUAAGUAGCUGAACAGAAACAUAUAUUAAAUAUUAAUUUCUUAAACCCAACAACUGCAAACGUGCAACUGUUGUCACAUAUUUGUUUUCUGUAAAAACCACAGAGGCCAAUCCCUCUUAGAAAGCGCUGCUUUGAUUGGUCUGCUCCUAUGACCCUUGCAGAUGACAUACACUCACUGGAUGGAAACUCAGGACAUGUCCCCAAAUACAGGAUGAGUCAUUAAAACAUAUUACUGUCCACUUUA